AGAGGACAGGCAGUUUACUGCCCGACUGUCUGACUCUCUCUCCCUCUCUCCCUCUCUCCCUCUCUCUCACACUGGAAGUCUGCCGGCUGCCUCUCGGCCUGAAAGAAGCUCCACAGAGCAGAGACCUCCGUGACGUUCUCCAUCACCUCUGGAUGUUUGCCUCGUCUGUUUCUUGGACUUUUGCUGCUGGAGACGCUGUGUGUAUAUAUAUGUGUGAAAGUGUAAGUGUGUGUGGUCAUUCUUGUCACUGGACUGUGGAUACUGCUGCUUCCUCCAGAUGUGACGCUGUUUGUUUGGACUGCCUUGAUUUGUUUGCUCGGACAGCCGUCACUGUCGGCACGAAGGAGUUUUAACAUCGGGGCUGCCAGGAAAUUCCAGCUUUGUGUUUCCCUCCCUUUCUCCUUGCUGCAACCAGAAGUCAACGAGUGGAGGUGGAUGCUUGUGUUUUCUUCUGGUGCCUGCGUACCGGAGCAGAGUGCUUACCUCAGGGCUUGUAGUGCAGGGGGUUAUGAUAAACAGCUGCAAAGUGAGAACGACCGGCACUGCAGCAUCACACUGGCAUCUCUUGUUCUACAUUGGGGACUUCUUUCGCCUCUCAAGGUUGCACACAUGCACAUAUUUCACCCCCAGCAGCAGCAGCAGCAGAGCCUGACUGCGUUUUGCACACAUGGAUGGACUCCUGCUUCUUCAGGGACGGGCUCCCUCCCCGCUGAGGAAGAGAAGGUGCUGAUUUAAGAACAGGAGGCACGCUUUGUUUCCGGAGCAGAGGACGGGACAAGCAACUUCAGAAUUAACAGAGACUUGAGAAAACAGGAUGAGGGUUGAGUUGAGCUGAAACUGUCCCCCCCCUCCUGCUCCUUCCCUCCUCUAGUUCAAACAUGAACGCUUCCUCUAAUGCGAACCAAAGCAGCUCUCCCCCGUUCUGCCUGCUGGGCGCUGUGGGUUACUCCCAUAGCCUGGAUACAUGCGUACUGGAGGUGGUUGUCAUCCUCUUCCUCACUGUGCUGAUCAUCGCCGGCAACCUGGUGGUGAUCUUCGUCUUCCACUGCGCCCCUCUGCUGCACCACCACACCACCAGCCACUUCAUCCAGACCAUGGCGUACGCUGACCUGCUGGUGGGCGUAAGCUGCCUGGUGCCCUCGCUGUCCCUGCUCCACUACCUCCGAGGCCUGAACGAGGAGUUCACCUGCAAGGCGUUCGGCUACAUGGUUUCGGUGCUGAAGAGUGUUUCCAUGACAUCCCUGGCGUGCAUUAGCGUAGACCGCUACAUCGCAAUCACCCGCCCAUUGUCCUACGCCACGCUGGUGACACCCUGCCGGCUGAGGGUGUGCAUUGUCCUCGUCUGGGUUUACUCCGCUCUGAUCUUCCUCCCAUCCUUCUUCGGCUGGGGGAAGCCUGGCUACCAUGGUGACAUAUUUCAAUGGUGCGCAGACUCCUGGAAGACAAACCCAGGGUUCAGCACCUUCAUCUUGGCGCUGCUCUACGCGCCAGCGGCGCUCAUCGUUUGCUUCACCUACGGGAGUAUAUUCAGGAUCUGCCGGCAGCACACAAAGGAGAUCACCCAGCGCCACGCACGCUUCUGCUCGCAGACGGAGGGUGACAAGGGCGAGCGAGGGGAGCGGGUCGAGGGCUGCCCGGACAAACGCUACGCCAUGGUGUUGUUCCGCAUCACCAGCGUCUUCUACGUGCUGUGGAUGCCGUACAUCCUCUACUUCCUUUUGGAGAGUGCUGGACUGUAUCACCAUAACGUGGCGUCCUUUCUAACGACGUGGUUGGCGAUUAGCAACAGCUUCUGUAACUGUCUCAUCUACAGCCUCUCUAACAGUGUCUUCCGGAAAGGUCUCGGCCGCCUCUUCAGCCCCUUGUUCCCGUCCUGCCUUGGCUGCGCCGCCAAGAAGGCUCCAGCUCCCGUCUGCCCGCGACCAGACCCUCGAUGCAAAGUAUGAUUCCUGGCAACAACGAAUUUUUGGUCUGGUCACUUUGGAGGCACGGCCCUCUGUGUGUGCUCAGCUGCAGAGCAUGACAAAGGUGUUUGUGGUCCCGGCAUUGAAAUGUGUUGAGGACCUCCUGCACGGGGCACGGAGAGGUGCCCGUGCAGACGCCUGUUGGUCGUGUCAGAAGCUGAUUGUGCGGAAAAAAAACUGAGGCUGUAAAGUUUCCUCUUGGAUGCUCAUCAGCGUGAUGCUGCAGCAAUGACAAACUGAUGACACAGAGUAAAGAAGUUUGCUGUUGAUAGCAAAUUAGAUUUGUGUAUUUUAAUUAAAUUGAUUUAAUGAACACUCCUGCACUGACUUAGGAACUCCCAGAUGCAAAAAAAAAAAAAAAAAAAGGACUUCACAGUGCGACUUGUGUUGUGCAAUAUACUGAAAUGCAAAAAAAAGUUUGAAUCUUGAUCUUUUCACGCCUGACUGAAAAAAAAAAUCUGUACAUUGUUUUGGUUCUUCCAGGGUAGAAAAUGUUUAACACUUGAAACUGACUACUGAUCUGUUUCCCCCGAGAUACUGACGAGCGAACGAGUGACUGAAAUCAUGUGUUAAUCAGCCAUUCAGUGUGUGUGUGAGAUAAAAAUGUGUGUCCGAUGGACUGUAAGCUCAUUUCCCAGAGAGAAGAUUGAGGUUUAUUCUGGAGCUUGUGUGUUUUAUUCAAAGGAUUCCUCUCCUUUGAAGCUGGGUGUCGGUGGGAAGCUCCGAGUAUGUUUACACAGUCUCGGGUUUUGCAUGGAAAUAUUGACUUAAGAAUUAGCUCUACUUUCUACGACGGCUGCUGACCCGGGAAGUCUCCCUGUCGGCACACGGCGGUGCAGCCUCGUCAAUGAGACAACAAAGUGUAAUUAUCUGGGAGAGUUUUAAUCUCUCUGCAUCUCCUCCUCAGGUUUAUCAGCUGUUCUCCGUUCGGCCCCCCGGGGCUGUUGCUCUUUUAUCUCAGCUGGAUCGCGAUGUGACUUAAAUCACAAGUCACAUCGCAAGAUAAUCACCUCCUGACCUGUUACGCAGUCGUCGUCGGGGGGUUGAUAAUCAAGCUGCUGUCUGCCCGGGACCCACACGGGCUCCGAUUUAAAGACUAACUCCAUUGUGAUCUUUGACGUUGCUGCUGUUCCGACCGGUGAGGAGCGGCGGAGAGGAUCCGGCGCUGUGCUCCACGACCCCGACCGCAAGGGUGCAAGAGGGUCGGAGCACUUUUCUGAGAGCUUGUGGCUUUUUGGCUUCAUGUAAAUACACUUCAGAGUGUAAAUAUUUAAACAGCGGCUAAAUGGGCCUUUCGGGGGAAUUUCUCGACCUCCAGGAUUAGAAACGAUUUUGUGGAGAGUGCAAUGUUUUUUUUAAGAUGAUUUAUUUGUCACAGCUAAGAGGCUUGACACUGAAGCUGUUUAUUUAAGUGUUCACAAGGAGAAGUGUUUCUUUAUGCGCUGCAGGAAGAUUUAAGACCUUGAACUUACAAUUUAAGACGUAGAGUUUGCUUUUGAAGUCCCGGUGAAAUAUUUCUGACGGUGUCUCGCUCCUUGAUUUUUUACAUAUUUGUAGAAAUGGGAAGAGAUAGAAACUGAAUGGGAGGAUUGUUCCGAGAGUCAUGAUGUUGCACAGCCAAAAAUAUGUCUGACUGAUAUGGAUUUUUAGGGGCUGAUACUGAAAGUAGAGACUAAAGAAAUUUAGAUCAGGAUAUAUUUUUAUGUACAACGAUUUGGUAGUGAUUCCUAAUCAAACCCUUAUAACAUAAAACAAAGAAAUAUAACCAAGGCUCAAUAUUUAAGAGUUUAACCAUAAACUUGAUUAUAAGAAAACACAAAUACUAUCAAAUACAUAGAACUCAGAUGGCAAAUAUUGGAAAAAAAAUCUGUUUUGAUAAACAAUCAUAAAUUUAUCACAUUUUUUUAACAGAAUAUCUUCGGGUUUGAAAAAAUAAAGCUACUUUGAGACUUAAGCUUUGGCUUUGGUCAAAGUUUUACUCUUUAAAUCAGUUUAAACAUCUAAAAAUAUUUUGCUGCAAAACUGUAGAAUUUCCCCCAAAAGUUUCGCAGCACUCAAACAAAGUGCACUUGUGUUUGGUGAUCAAGUUGAUGUGGUUAUUGAUUUAUUUAACAGGGAAAGUUCACAUGAUGAGAUUAAUUAUUACUGUAAAUGUACCAGAGGAACCUUGCUGUCGCAAUUCUUAUACUCACUUCACAGAGAAACUGAGAAUUACACAGCUACAGUAUAUCAGCUUCGAGCUAACUGACACUAAAUCUUCAACUGUCAUAUGGAAACUCACGAUAAUAUGAUAAAUAGAUAAGAAAGUUGCUAAAUCCAACCACGAUGGAGACGAACUGAAACCUGCUGAACCUGCGAGCUCAAUCUUGUUAAAAGAUGGCGAGUGAUUUGUUGUGGUUCAGCACCUGUGCUUUGGAUUCACAUAUUUUUAUUAAAGAGUCGGUGAAGUUAUUUGAAUUUAAAUCUAGCAACAAAUGGUAAAUGACAGAAAGCUACAGAAAAGUAAGACUAUUAAAAGGCAGGUUGUAGACUCAACGUUUGAAGUUUGGUGUAUUACAAAGAUUAUCCAGCUAUUCUCUAGAGCGUCCAUUUGAUCAUACUGUGCAUUAAUUCACUGAAUAAUGUUUACAUUGUGUAUUAAAUAUGUAUUAAUAUAAUUUAAAAAUAUAUUCCAGGUAAAACUUUGAUGUAAAAAUAUGAAAGAAAAUGACAAAUCCACAUUUAUUGUCACAGGUGUGUGAAAAUCUCCUAAAAGCUGUGAUUGACAGUUCCUUCUUGACACAGGAAACAGCACGAGGUCCAUUUGGUGACUUUCAGUUGGAUCACAUGAUCUUCCUCGGCAGUCGGGCUCAUUGCGCUGUCCUGAAAUUGUAAAUGUUCACAUGAAAUGAAUUUGAAUUAAAUAUUCAUUUAAAAUAGCCUCGUUUUAUUGCAUGGUGACAGUAAGAUUAGCUGUUGCAAUGAUGAUGAUGAUGAUGAUGAUGAUGAUGAUGAUGAAGGGGGUCAGACUAAGGUCAGGGUUCAGCUGUAGGUCGUUUCCAGAGACACACCAGCUGCUGGCAGCAGGGAUGGAACCUCCUCCAUCCCUGCUGCCCUCAAUAUGUUUAGUUCUAACACUUUUCCAUGUGACCAUAUGUUUCUGUACGUUCGCUGUGAAGGUUUCAACUUGUCCUGUUCCUGCUUGUGUGGCUGCGAACACUUCACCUGCUUCAGUCCGGCCCUGGCGUCGGUCUCGUGAUGCUGCCGAGAGCAGUUUACCGACCGCACGCCUUGUCCUCGCAUCAUAACUGCUGCUGUGUAACACACACGAUAUCGAAGCGUUCCUGUUUGUCACGGUUCAUGUGAGAGAACGAGAAUGACCCUGGAGAAAAGCCUCUGGCCUGUCGCUGCUGACGGGUAAAUAAACGAGCUAAAGCACCAAAGGUCUCAGUAAAUAUAGUUGUCUCCACUUUUGUGUUGAUUUCCCCCCCCCCGACAGCAGCGUGAGGCCGCUCUGCUUUUAACCCUCAAACCACAACAAGUCAGUAAAAAGGAGUAAAAUCCCAAUGAAAGGGCUGAAUUAACUGUGGAUAAGUCAUUUAUGGAGCUACUUCGAUCUGCUGCAGAUUCUUGUGUAAUAGUGGCUGUAAUUAUCUGAUUAAAAUGAGAUGUGAAAA